AUGAUGACAUUAAAGCAAUUCUCCUUGUUUAGGAAGAGGGAUGUAUCUGUUGACCUUCGAGGCUUGUGGGCGACCUCUGCGCUGCCUUCACAGAAACUGGCCAGCUUUCCUACUUCUGAUGUACUUGAUACUAUUUCAGUUAAUCCAUUUCUAUCGCCAUACGUUUCCCAAAAUGGCCCCUUACCAACCCGUGGCCGUGUGCAGCCAACUAGCAACGGGCACAUUUCAGACAUUGCCAUCGUCUUCAGAAUGUUAGGCGUCACAACCCUUCUCGUUUUUUUUGCAAUCUCCUUCACGCUCUCUAAUUUUCUUUACACUCGCCCACAAUUGCCCAUUAGACACAAGAUUUAUUGGAAGAUACAAAGGAUUUUCUACUGGUUUCUUGCUGAACUGACUGCAACUCUUCUGCCGACGGAAGAUUUUACUACUUUGUCAGGCAUUCCAAAAGUCCGCUUUCUUCCCGACCGGAUUGCGGUUUCCACCUCGUUCAACUACCUCAUCUGCACCUGCAAACGGUUUCCAACUGUUGAUAUGCAGAAAAUGCCAUUUCUUGGCCUCCACCUUCAGCACUUAUUGGCUAAACAGUUUACAAUGCUUAAUCUCUCUAUUGUCUCUCGGGUGGGCGCAGGCUUGACCGCUAGUCUUACAUGUGCCCAUACAGUCAUAAAUUCGUCCUUAAAGGCGCCCAAACAAUCAGACAAUCUUUAUUGUUUCAGCGAAUUUAACGGGUUUCAAACCGAGCCGUGGUGCAUUGUCUGA